CUUUCUAGCGCAUGCAGAUUGAAAGUAUACAUGCAAGCUAUAUCGAUUAUUAGCUGACCCUAUCUGCUGACGCUCAAGUGUUAUCGCGACUUCACCUGCACAAUUUGCCUGCCCACUUGAAAAUUGCAAUGGCUGUCCGCUUCAGCCAAACUCCAUGUGUCAAGCCUGCAUUGGGAGCGCGGCGGCGGGUUGCCUCUCGGGUCAUUUGCUCGGCAAGCACUGGAUCGGUCGCAUGCACGUCGCGUCGUAGCCUUCUACUUGCGGGUCUGAUCGCUGUCCCUGCCGCGGAGCUGCUGCUACCCUCCGUGCGCCCGGCGCAUGCUGAGACACAGUCGUUCGCGGAGGACGCCGUGGACGAGUACUCGCGCCUGGAGGCGUCAGGCAAGCUUACUAACGCCAAGGCGCUGGAGAACAUUCGUUCGAAGUUCAACUUCAAGCGCAGCAUCGACGGGCGUGUGUUUGUGAAGAGCAGCAAGGGCACAUUCUUUGCAGUGCGGUUGGACAUGGAGGUGCCGGGCGCCAUGCUAUUCCGUGACAGCUCCAACGGCCAGAUCUUUGCGCUGCAGACCACCACGCUGCAGCAGAUUGACCUGAGCAAUGACCAGGUGGUCAUUCUGCUGCUCAGCGAUGGCGAGUGGGAGCGCGAGAUGAGCCCCAUCCAGUUCGACGACGAUGCCGGGAAGACCACGACGCUGACGCUGAGCGAGAACGACUUCCGCAACGUGGUGGGGCUCAUCUCGAUGGCGGAGGGCGCGGAGGCCGGCCAGGAGGCCAAGUGAAGCGCGGCAGCCGCGUAGGCUUCUAUGGCGAUGGUGGCGUCUUGCUGCGGGUUGUGUGGCAAGCUGGCGUCGGGUCGUGAGGCCGUGGAUGUGGAUGUGUGUUUGCGGACUCAGUUUGCGGGGUUCGGGGUGCGGACCACCCAGGGCAGUGUAAGGGGUUGCACACGGAUGAUGUGUUGGGACCGACAGUUUUGCACAAUUUUGGAUGGGCAACAUCUGUUGCCUGUAGUUGUCAUUCUAGGCUUUCGGUAUAUCAGUCGCUGGUGGAAGGAGGAGAACCUGAGAGGCGGUUUGCAUUUGGCGUGCAGGGGACAUUGGGGCAGGUUGAUGCAUGGCACGAGCCAGGAGACGCAGGUUGCGAAGAGCACUGCAUAAGACUUGACACUCGAUGAUGGUAUUACGGUAUCCUCGAUCUCCGGUGCGACGCAAAGCGUUUGAGGGAGUACAUCUCUACAUGGGGACUUGCCAUGCAACCUCGGGUUCGUGCACAGGACCCGACGGUGCACCUGUUGUGCAAUGCUCUGAAAUAGUCCUUGUAUAAUAUGUGUUAACACGUCUGGAUA